AUGACGACCACACGCCGAAGCGUCUAUAUAAACCACGAGGCGGGACCGACCAAACCUGCCUCCGAUGCAUCCCUCGCACAGGCAUUUCACCAGCAGCUGCCCGCCUUCGCCAGAACCCCUCUCGUUUCUCUCGAGGAUAUCGCCCAGGAACUAGGCGUGAAAGCCGUCUACAUAAAAGACGAAAGCAACAGACUAGGACUACCAUCCUUCAAGAUCCUGGGCGCAUCAUGGGGAACGUACCGCGCCGUCACGACUGAUCUACACUUGCCCGCCGACACGCCCCUCAACGACGUCGCAAAGGCCGCCCAAACGCAUAAUCUCUCCCUCUACGCAGCUACGGAGGGCAAUCACGGUCGAGCCGUUGCGACCAUGGCCCAGAUUCUAGGCAUCCCUGCGCACAUCUACGUUCCCAGCAGCGUCGACAGUGAGGCGGUCACCAACAUUGCCUCCGAGGGCGCCAAAGUCAUCGUGAGCAACUCCCACUAUGACGACGCUGUCAUGGAAGCGUGGCAAGCGUCAAAGUCAGUAAAGGGCGGGCUUCUGAUUCAAGACAAUGCGUUUGCGGGGUACGAGCAGAUUCCUGCCUGGAUCGUCGAGGGCUACUCCACCCUCGUUCGCGAGGCCGAGCAACAGGUGGCCGACCACGGGCUGAAGCCGAGUUUGAUGGUGACCCCAGUCGGCGUUGGAUCUCUAGCGCAUGCCGUCGUGUCUCACUGCAAGUCUGAUGGUCGAGAUUGCGCAGUCCUGUCAGUCGAGCCCGAUACCGCUCCGUGUCUCUGGACGAGUCUGAAAGCGGGUAAACCAGUGACGGUUCAUACCUCGAGAACCAUCAUGGAAGGGCUCAACUGCGGUACUGUCUCUCUGACGGCGUUUGGUGAUCUUCGUGUAGGCAUUGAUGCCAGCGCCACAGUCUCCGACUUCGAAGCCCAUGAGGCCGUGAAGUAUCUCCAGACGAAGGGGGUCAAGAGCGGGCCGUGUGGUGGCGCCACCCUCCCAGCGCUCCGAAGGCUUGCCCAAGUAAACCCACGACCAGCCUGUCUUUCCAAAGACGCCGUCGUGGUAUUACUAAACACAGAGGGCCCCCGGAACUACAAGAUUCCCUUGGAUGUGUCCACCGAUGACCCCGCUUCAGGUGCCGGUGAAGGCGAGAUUGCCCACUACAUUACCGCGUGGCUGCAACAUCGCAACUUCGAAGCGCACUGGUUGGAAGAGACGCAAGGCCGACCUUCCGUAGUCGGUGUGUUCCGCGGAACAGGAGGGGGAAAGUCCAUCAUGCUCAACGGGCAUGUUGACACCGUCAGCCUUUCAAGUUACUCGCCAGACCUGGAACCUUUGAGCGGAGAACUCAAGGAGGACGAAGGAGGACGAAUCUUUGUUCGUGGAAGCGCGGACAUGAAGGCAGGUCUGGCAGCUGCCAUGGCGGCAAUGGCUCGAUGCAGCUCUCAAUCACGCCCUUCUCUACGGGGCGAUGUCAUCCUCGCCGCUGUCGUCGACGAGGAGAACUUCUCCAUAGGCACAGAAGAGGUCAUCAGGGCUGGAUGGAGGGCCGAUGCCGCCAUCAUACCGGAACCAACCAACCAGGAGAUGGCGAUCACUCAUAAAGGAUUCAUUUGGGUUGAAAUCGACAUCCUCGGCGUUGCGGCCCAUGGAUCUAGGCCCGAGGAUGGCGUAGAUGCCAUCUUGCUCGCUGGUGCAGUGCAGACGGCAUUCCUUGAGUACUCAAAGGCAUUGCCCUCCGACUCUCGGCUGGGAAAGGCAUCUUUGCAUGCAGGCCUCAUUCAGGGCGGCGAAGAACCUUCCAGCUAUCCGGAGCUGUGCACUUUGACAGUUGAGUUUCGAACCAUCCCGGCACAGACUACUCAGAGUAUUCUUGGAGACAUCGAGAGCAUCUUGACUAGUAUCGCCAAGUCCAAACCAGACUUCAGAUAUGCUGCUCCUCGAAUGACCUUUUCGCGGCCUCCGCUUGGGCAGAGCCCGGACGAUGAGUUUAUCAAGACCUUCAUCUCUGCUACCUCGAAGUGUCUAGGUGAAGCGCAAAAGCCUGUUGCGUGUUCUUUCUGGUGCGACGCUGCAUUGUUGAACGAGAUCGGUAUCCCAUCGGUUGUCUAUGGCCUUAGGAGUUUUGGGAUCCACGGCAAGGAGGAAUGGGUGAGCGUAGCGAGCAUUCGGGAAGUUGCAUCGGUGAUAGAGGUCGUGAUUCACGACUUUUGCGCUUAG